GUGCCUUGCCCAAGGUCACACAGCUUUUUUUCUUAUAAGGCUAAAAAAAUCACAAGGCACAUGUCAGUGAAUCAGCAAGAUCUAGACCCAGAUAGUAGUACAGAUAUGGAAGAUGUUACAAAUGCUGAAGAAGAACUUAUUAAGGAAUGUGACGAAAUGUGGAAAGACAUGGAAGAAUGUCAGAAAAAAUUAUCACUUGUUGGAACUGAGACACUCACUGAUUCAAAUGCUCAGCUGUCAUUAUUAAUUAUGCAAGUGAAAUGUUUGACUGCUGAACUCAGUCAAUGGCAGAAAGAAAAUCCUGAAAUAGUUCCUCUGAAUGAAGAAGUUCUAGUAACAUUAGGACAAGAAGAGUUCCAAAAAUUGAGACAUGAUCUUGAAUUGGUACUCUCUACUCUUCAGUCAAAGAAUGAAAAGUUAAAGGAAGACUUGGAAAGGGAGCAACAGUGGUUGGAGGAACAACAACAGAUAUUGGAAUCUCUUAAUGUAGUGCACAGUGAAUUGAAAAAUCAGGUUGUGACAAUUUCUGAAUCAAGAAUCUUAGAUGAGCUGAACACUAAAAUGCAUGAUAUAAAGGAAUAUAAGGAAAAGCUCUUGAUUACCUUGGGUGAAUUUCUGGAAGAUCAUUUUCCUCUGCCUGAUAGAAAUGUUAAAAAGAAAAAGAAAAAGACAAACAUUCAAGAAUCAACUGCACAGCUGAUAACACUGCAUGAAAUGUUAGAGAUUCUUUUAAAUAGAUUAUUUGAUGUUCCACAUGAUCCAUAUGUCAAAAUUAGUGAUUCUUUUUGGCCACCAUAUAUUGAGCUGCUCCUGCGUAAUGGAAUUGCCUUGAGACAUCCAGAAGAUCCAACCCAAAUAAGAUUAGAAGCCUUCCAUCAGUAA